AUGGGCACCCUGAGUGAGUGGUUCGCAGGAGUUUUAGUUCCCAAAAUCUUUGGAUUUUAUGUUCAUAAAUUGCUUAUCAUGCUUUUCCUAGCUCUUAGCAUUAUAUUAGUCGCAGCUCUCCUCCAUCCUCUGAAUCUGAAAUUAGACCUCACCACAGAAAUGGCUCUUGUGGAAGACAAGCGUGCAGGUGCUGAGAUUGUGCAUGGAGCUCAAGAGUGCUACCAACAGUCCAUAGAUCUCUUGGAAGAGCUGGGAUUUCCCAAAGGUGUUCUUCCCCUGCAAGAUCUGGUGGAGUGUGGAAGGGUGAAGGAAACUGGGUUUGUGUGGAUGAAGCAGAAGGCGCCAUACGAGCACUUCUUUGUUGGGUCGAACACGCGUGUGAGCUACGCGACUGAGGUGACUGCGUAUGUGGAGAAGGGCAGGAUGAAGAAGAUGACCGGGAUCAAGAGCAAGCAGGUGUUUCUUUGGGUGCCUAUUAGUGAGAUGAUCAUGGAAGAGCCAGCAACCAAGAAGAUCACUUUCAAGACUCCGAUGGGGCUCGGAAGGACUUUUCCGGUCACGGCUUUCAUGACCGAGGAGGAGAAGCAGAAGUAUCUGGAGAAUGGUAAUUGACUAAACUUGGGAUGUCUACUAUGUUAUGGUGGUAAAACUUGGGAUGGCUAGAAUGUUAUGGUGGUUAAUCUUUACUUUGAGUAUUCUAUCUGAAGUUCUGAACAAAUCUAAAUCGGAGGUCUAUGCAGACAUAAUGUGUUAGAUUUUCAUACUUGUAAUUUGAAUUUAUGAUCUUAUGAAUGUUAUUUUCGAGUUCAGGUA